GGACAAUAUUGUAAACCAGUACAAACAGAAGGCUAUUGAUGAGGACAACGAGGAAUAUGUCUUCGAUGAUGAUGGAGAACAAAAAAAUGAAGGAGGAGAAUCGGUGGCGAGCUAUGGGAAGGCGUCCUUCCCUGUGGUCGGCAUGGUACUCACGGAUCGGAAGAUCAAAUUUCAGAUCUUCAAGAAGCUUAUGGCAUCUUUGUGGAGACCAGUCAAAGGUGCAUCCAUUAAGGAAAUUGACGAAAAUAGAUCUGGGGGUUGGGUGAAGACUAGUCCUACAAGAAGUAACAAGUGGCUAGUCGAAGGGUCCUCAAGUACCGGUAUGGGAGUACCACAGAGGAGUGAUAGUCACGGCACAGGAGGCCAGGGCUGGAAAGAGGCUACUACGGGAACUGCAACUAACUCCACUAAGGAAGGGAACUCGGAGAGCUCGGAGGAGAUGCCAGGAGAGCAAAAACGCGGAAGAAUCUGGGAGGAAAAAGAACAGGAAGAUCCAGCUCGAGAGGGCAUGGCACUCGACAAGCCAAAAAACGGGGAGGAGGCAGGUCUUGAUCAGUAGACCCACUGGUUUGUCUGAUGAUGCUUGACAGACCAUUUGGUUGGAUAGUGGCAGCACACUUUGAUGUUGUUUUAUUUCUUCUUUUUUAAUUGUUGUUUCCUUUAAUCAGACUAUUUAUGUUUAUGUUGUUUUGAUUUUUGGUUGUAAGACUCUUUCAUUAAGAUUGAGUGAUGGUAGGUCUACAACAACCGUCUUUGGUUCAUGUAAGCCCAUUAUAAUAUCAACG